AUGUAUUUCCUGCUGGAACAACCGGAAGGUAUUGGACAGGUAGAAUGCAGCGGACAACAAAAAGAUGCUCUCCUAGGAGAGCCGGUACGCGUUGCAAUAUCUAUUAAUAUUCACGAUGUUGUGGGAGAAACAUUUAUUGUUCAUAUCUAUCUAUCUAUCUAUCUAUCUAUCUAUCUUGUCGCUCUGUCUGUCUGUCUGUCUGUCUAUCUAUUAAACUAUAGUGUCUCUCAGUCUAUAUUGUCUCUUCAUCAAUAUCUAUAUCUAUCUAUCUAUCUAUCUAUCUAUCUAUCUUUCUAUAUUGUCUCUUCAUCAAUAUCUAUCUAUCUAUCUAUCUAUCUAUCUAUCUUGUCGCUCUGUCUGUCUGUCUGUCUGUCUAUCUAUCAAACUAUAGUGUCUCUCAGUCUAUAUUGUCUCUUCAUCAAUAUCUAUCUAUCUAUCUAUCUAUCUAUCUAUCUAUCUGUCUGUCUGUCUGUCUAUCUAUCAAACUAUAGUGUUCUCAUCUAUAUUGUCUCUUCAUCAAUAUCUAUCUAUCUAGACAAUCUAUCUAUCUAUUUGUCUAUAUUUUCUCUUAAAUGA